GUGAAACAAAGAAAAUAUUUUUGGACCUUUUCUUGUUCUUUUUUGUUGCUCAAAGUUGCAGUUUUGAUGAAAAAAAUAUUGAACAUCUAAACGCAAUUACACUGACCGUUUGGGUUAAAGGUGCAAACCCAUGCGCUGAUAUGAAAAGGAUAAAGGCCAAUAAGAAAUAUUAAUAAAGUUUCGUUCGAUGCUUUUUGUCUCAUUUUUUGGACAAAUAAUGUAUAACAAAGAUAUUCUGGAAACUCGAAGGCUGCGAACAAAUUUGGUGAGCAAUUUUUUCCUUCAACCAUUUUCAAGUUGCUUUUUAAUCUGGUUUUAAAUUCAGUUUUUCAUUCAAAUUGGUUAAAAGGUUCAUUUGGUGAAUAAAAAGCUGCUUUCCAUUGUUUUUAAGUGCAACUUUCAACAGUAAACAAAUUGUAUUUCAAGUUGUAAAUUGAAUUUUGUUGAAUGGCUCUGCACUUUUUAAGCUCGUUUGUAAUAUUUCAAUUUGCUCUUGUUUUCUAUCAAAUUCUUGAAUGCACUCACACCAUUGCUGAGACUGUUGAUCUGGAUGACAAACUUGGUCUUGAACAGCAGUACAUAUUCAACAAUGGCUUCUCAUUGGAUCAAAGUGAUCCGGAUGAGAUUCAUUUCCAUGAAUCCCUGGCACUGUUACCUGAUCUAGUUAAUGUUGGUAAAAGAGCAAAGUCGAGUAAACCUCGAAGAUUGAGGAGUGGAUCAAUGGAUAGAUCAAGAUACAGAGGAACCAAAUUGAAAAAGUUUCCCGAAUCCAUGAAGGCUGGUGACAUUGCUCGACUUCUGAUGGAACUGGCUGAGAGACGAGGAAUCUCGUAUAAUAACAAAGCCAUUCGCUAUGGACUAAGCUAAGAUAAUUAGAGAACAGUUUUCAAGAGUUUAAUUUAAAAUAAAAUUCUGUCUAAAAUUAACUUUAAUGAACAAAUGAAUUAUUAACAAAAAGAAUCCAAACUUAUCUUAAUAAAUAUCUCAUUAAUUCAA